UUCAUACAGAGUCAAUCAAAUCUAGCAAUUCAUUUCUCGCACGUUCCAUUCCUGUGGUAGCUUGUCGUCUACUAUUACUACUUCCUUAACUCGUUCUUGUGAGACAAGGUUCGUAGUAGUAGCAAGCAGUUACUCGGGAGACAGCCCUUCUAUAUCCAGCAACUCAAUGAUUAGACGAAAACCACGUCUAUAGCAUCGGCUGACUACAAUACUACUAACUGUCUUACUAAUAAACACGAAAGCCGUCGGUUGCGCCGUCUUCCAAUGUCUGAAAUCUCAGAAGACGACCAUUCAUCCUUUGAACAAUACUCUGAAUUAAAGUACUGUGAAACAGUUCAGGAUUACUUUGCUGACUUUAUUUAUUCGGAUUUAUUUGAGGGAAACGAUGCUUGCCUAGAAAAAAACGUACUCGACUAUCCAACAUCUUCUAAUUUUUGGCUACCAAGCAACAAAAGUGAUUGUGUGGAGGGCCCUUUAAACGGAAUUACAGACUCACAAGGAAUACCGUGGGGCUCAAUUGCCCUGGGUGAGCGAUUUGCAUUUCGAGAAUAUCGAUUAAGCAAUUAUGUGACGACUUGCAAUUCCACAGAAUGGUAUCCGUCACUGUUUCCUGUACAAAGCACAGACAGCUUACCCAGUGAGCUGUACGAGUUUUCUCGGUUCGAUAGACGAAUCAACUGCUUUCGGGUACACUUUCAACUCAGUUACAAUCUUGCGGCAAUUUCUAAGAAAGUACUUUAUUCCGUUGAAAACGGAAUCUCCAUAUAUGAUUUUCACUCACAGACGCACAAGUUACUUGUUGACUUGAAUCCGUUUCUUAUACAAGAUAAUUACGCUUGCUGUCUUGCAGCUUCAGACACCUUGGGAGCAUGUGGCACGCUCCAAGGAGGUCUUUUAUUCUCGUUCAACACUGAGAAUGGUACACAGGAACAUGUUUCUCUGGGAGAAACCUCUGUAAACCAUGUCUCGCUUUUAUGUGAUUCGUCUUCCAGCCGAAUUUUGGCCAGUACAAAUGACCAAACAAUAAAGCUUUUCGACCCUUGCGAAAGCUUACGGUGUAUUCAAACUCUAAACCUCCCAUGGGCUGUUAACUGUGCAAACAUAAAUCCAUCCGGGAAGCUAAUACUAGCAUGCGGCGACAGUCCAUAUGCUCAAUUGCAUGACCCGCGAUCGAGGAAACGAGUUGCACGAUUAAGUCACAUGGAUUACUCUGUGUGCUGUGCGUGGCAUCCAAAUGGGAACCAUUUUGCUACAAGCAGCCAAGACACUUCUACUCGGAUAUGGGAUGCUCGAAAAUUGGGUAACCCUGUCCAAGUACUCAGCAGCAAAAUGAGUGCUGUGCACAAUCUUCAGUUCAGUGGGGAUGGCCGCAUACUUGCUGCUGCAGAGAAGGCAGAUUUUGUACAGCUUUUUAAAACUCGAGAUUAUAGUACUGCUCAAACCUUGGAUUUUUUUGGUGAAAUUUCCGGUAUAAGCUUUUCUCCAGAUGACGAUGCCUUCUACAUAGGCAUUGAUGAUCCUGUUGUUGGAGGUUUACUAGAAUAUAGGGUUACUUUGCCUUCUAUUGGCAAUCUUAUUUUGUAACUUUCGAGUUUUACUCAGUUACUAUUUAAAGAAAUAUUAUGUUAUUCCAGUGUUGUUGUUUCAGUAAACUUAUAAACUAUCCAUAAUCCAUUAUUAGACAUUGACCGGUGGUUUGCACGGGCCAACCUUGAAACAGUGAUACUUCAUUAAAGGAUAGCGCUAUAAGCUCAACCCGAU